AUGCCUCCAACGGCAAUGUGGGGUUGUGAUUUCGAAGCCUGCGAUAAGCCUUGUGUACGGACGUAUGGACAAUGUGUCCUUUGCGAUCGCCACCUCUGCGCAAAACAUCUUCGCGCGGAAUAUCAUAAAUGUCCUGAAUGGGAGGACGAGAAAUCGUACGACCCCGCGGCCCGAGAAGCUGAGCAAAAGGAAAUGACAGCACUCCUCGGAAAGAUAAAUGUCACUGUACUUCUCUCUCGAGCCAGUUCCUUGCGCAACGGUGUUCCGAGCUGUACGACCCGACCCCUCCAGUAUGAUCGAUUCACGCGUUCCUCGGUGAUGGGUGGUAUGAAUUACCACAUUGAAAUCCGGUUCCAGGAUGGAAUUAGCUGGCUCGCACGCAUUCGAAGACUGAAUGCCACUUCACCGCCACCGGACCUACGAGCUUACAUUAUGCGCAGUGAGGUCGCCACGCUGCAGUUCCUGAGCGUGUAG